GUCGCCCACAAUUCUUACUCCCAGCCUCGUUUCCCGAGUCAAGACCAGGCCUAGUCAUCAGCUAGGUUUCGUUCCAGCUAAGGCACAAGCAACUGCAGCUGCUGAACAAUGAGAAUGUCGCCAAACGUCUGCAAUGUCGUGUGUGGACUACUGCUGCUAGUUUCCAGUAUAGCCGUGCUUCAGGUUACAGGCCAGAGCACAACUGCUCCUCCAGAUGUUGUCCAGGCUCAACAGGUGCAAACUGGCUGUCCAAACAUCACCAUUGCCAAUGGUCGCGCACAGCUCACAACAUUCACCGAUCUGGGAGUGACAAUAGCUUCGCUGAGGUUUAUAUGCAAUCCUCCGUACGUUCGAAAUGGCAUUCGCGAAGCAAAUUGUGCUUCUUCCGCUACGGGAAUCCAGUCUCUGGUCGAUGGUGUCACUCCUCCCACGUGUGAUGCUCCUCCCUGUAGCUUGCCGCCACCUAUCGAGAAUGGCCGACGAGAAUACAAUGGAACAUCAUACUUGGACAAGGCAAUCUACAAAUGUGACCCAGGCUACUCGCGUCGAGGCAGUGAGCAGCUGGAGUGCCAGGCGAACGGAACAUGGACUGGCCCACCUCCUAGCUGUUGUGUGACGUGCCGGGCUCAGUUGCCAACAAAUUUCCUCCAGUAUUCUCAUCAAGUAACGCAAAUUGCCGGCGUCCCACAUUGCGGCCAGACGGCUGCGGACAUUAUCCUAGUGGUUGAUGAGUCCGAGAGCAUGAAGCCCCACUACAAGGACAGAAUCCACCAGCUCAUCGCAAGCUUGACUGUCAGCCUAGAAGAGCAUGGGAUUGGCCUUUAUCCAGGCAAGCCCAACCAGUACACGGUAGUCGGGUUUGGCCAUUCAAGAGGAAAGACGGGGGUGACUGAUCAUGCUACUGCUCCGCACGUCAUCCACAGCAACAACGGACGUCAGGUGUACGACUUUGAUGGUUUCCAGGAGGCAUGCUCUAAACUGCAGACUACUGGUUCUCUGGAGGAUGGCUAUCUGGCAAUGAAAUACGCACUGGAGAACAUCACCUCAGAAGGACGUCAAUUACUCCGAUUGGAGCGUCAAGACGUUGCGCCAAUCAUUAUCUUCAUUUCUGAUGAAGACAGGGAUGCCCACCAACGUGGGGCAAGCAUUUCACGCAGCACCAUUAAGAGAAUGAUUCGCAAGAGUGGAGCCACCAUGGAGGCCAUUGUGGACAACAGCAUCUGGUACAACAACCAGCGAGGUUUUGGAAUGGAUUCCAGCGGCACGCUCUACGUCGCUGAGAGCACUACACAGUACACAACAUCAAACCCAAGAUUCUACAAACGUUACCUGGACUUGCACUACAGGACCACGCGCCGUGACUACACAACCGUUGCCCUGGAAGUCGGUGGCGCUGCAUGGGACUUGAACUCGAUCAUGGAUAGUGACGCAAUGUUCGAUUCGCAUGUCUACGCAUUCGUUGAGAAGACGGUGACCCUUGUUGCGGACAAGGUGCACAAGUGUUGCUCGUGCCAAUGCUCGCAAGGACCGGAGGAUAGCUGUUUGCUCUGCACAUAUGCAUCGUUUGUUCAGGAGUGCAACCUUCCUCAAUCCUGAAUGGCUUUUUCCGGCUGAUAGACUGCUUUGUUCUGAUAUACCGGUAGAUGUUUGCUUGGCUUCAAUAUCAUGUUGCCCAGUGCAUGGCAGUCUAUAUCAGUAUGCACAGCCAUGCGGUCCAACACUUCACACAAUAUCUUCACAUUUGCCUGCAAUGCCAUGCCGAUAAUGGCGCUAUCGUUCUGCUUUGCACUGCUCCGCAUUACAUGUUGUACUGACCCUGCCAUUUCUGGGUACAGUUACAUUUACAUUUUCAUUCACAGAUACUGAGACAUUUACUGUUGCAACCUAUUGGCAUUUUGUACCCGCCAUUAGAAUUCUGCAUUUCCCGGUUGUGGAGUUCUUCGUUUUCGUUUUACAACUCAUCCACCUGAAAAUGUUUGCAAAC